AUGGCUGCCCCUGUGAAGAAGCGAGGCCCGACCGUGCUGCCUCAGCGGCCCAGCACUCUGCCUCGGACUGGCACUACCAAACUCAUAUCCGUCGACAAUGUCUUGCAAUUCUCCUCCGAUAUUCCCUCUGCCCAAAGACGUGGUCCGCCAGGUGGUCUUAGACCAGCACAACAUACACGCACCCCAAGUGGCCGACACCCUCUGGAUCCGAAACUAGCAGGUCGCUCUCUUGCUGUUCCUGUCGGCGGCCCUCACAUUCCAACCAGAAGCUCAAAGGUCAGCGAGAAGCUUGUCCUGCUGCCCGAAACAAGCGAAAAGANNCGCCAUCAGAGGAGGACGAGGGAUGAAGAUGACGCCCCGCCGUCAGACGAACAAAUCCGUCGCCGAAAGUCUCCCAGAAACGGCGACAAGAGUUAUGCCGAGCGCCUCUCAAAAGCAAGCCGCGCAGACAAACUGGCCAGAGUGACGGCCUACUGUACUGCUCAGAGCUACCGACUACGUGCCACAGCAGAUUUCGUCCGAGAACAACAUGGUGCCCGUACGAAACUCUACGACGACUGUCUGUAUGCUGUCUAUCAGCUUCCUCUUCUUGGCGGUAGCGAUGGCUAUCGCAUUCGCAGUAGUCCUGUCCUGAAGAACCCCGGUGGUAGAAGCAUUUUGGACGAACAGAUCGAGGCCAACGAGCGCCGCGACCAUCGAGAAGGUUGGAUGGAGGAGAGUGAUGAAUACACGGUCCAUGGUAAUGCCCGCGACCACGAAGAACCAGGCUUCCGCCGUCACAGCCAUUCUAGCGAUUUGUCAAGUGGAGGACAUGGCACGAUUGCCGAUGCCCUGUCUGUUGCCGAACUCUACGUCUUCAGCUACGGUGUCGCUGUUUUCUGGAACUUCACCGCGCAUCAGGAANAGGACAUUCUGGCCGACCUGACAUUCAGCAGCUCUUCAAAUAUCCCCACAAAACUCAGCAGUACUUCAUCACCGACAUUAACCAAUACCUUGGGCCUGGUUUCACGGCCGCUCAGCGAAGCCGACUUUGAGACUGAAGACUUCCACUUCGAAUACAAUGAUGAGAUCGACAAGCCACGCAUUUUCAACGACAUGAUCACAUUACGCACCAGCGAUCAUAUGAUCAAGCUGGCUAUGAGCCAUGCCAUCUCACAAUCGACAAAACUCAGCUACUUCGAAGAACGCAUGCAACGCACCAUGUCGGAAGCACAAUAUGUUCCUCGUAAACUGGCCCUCGAAGGACAACUCGGUAUGAGCCGCAGUCAAGUUGUCAGUCUGGUUGGCAAGCUCUUCCAAGGUCGUGUCGACGUCAAUCUCAGCUCAAAUAUGCUCGACACACCAAACUUCUUCUGGGACAGCGAACCUACGUUACUGCCGCUCUACGCUGCCGUCCGCGAGUAUCUCGAGAUCAAGCCCCGCAUUCAAGUUUUGAACGAACGCUGCAAGGUCUUCUUGGAUCUCGCUGAAAUCUUGUCUGAUGCCAUUGCCGAUACCAAGAUGACCAAAAUUACUUGGAUUGUCAUUGUACUGAUUGUCAUAUCCAUUCUGGUCACUUGCUCAGAAGUUAUUCUAAGAUUUGCUAUUUUGAGCAAGGGCGAGGGCAAAGCUGCGGCCAUCCCGAGCCCGAGAGAGCUGUGA